AGUAGUUUCUCCCGCCGUCGCGCUCUCCGGAAGUGCCGGGGCUGUUGGUUUCCUUGCUUCGAACGGCCGUUUGUCCUUUGCCGCGAUCCAUCGGCGCUGAAUUUCUUUCCGUUAGAAUCGAGAGUCUAGCAGCCAACAUGUCAAGCAAAAGAGCAAAGACAAAGACCACUAAGAAGCGCCCUCAGCGUGCUACAUCCAAUGUAUUUGCUAUGUUUGAUCAGUCACAGAUUCAAGAAUUUAAAGAGGCAUUCAACAUGAUUGAUCAAAACAGAGAUGGUUUUAUUGACAAAGAAGAUCUGCAUGAUAUGCUUGCUUCACUUGGGAAAAAUCCAACUGAUGAAUAUCUAGAUGCCAUGAUGAACGAGGCUCCAGGACCAAUAAACUUCACUAUGUUUCUCACAAUGUUUGGUGAAAAAUUAAAUGGUACUGAUCCAGAAGAUGUAAUCAGGAACGCUUUUGCAUGUUUUGAUGAAGAAGCAACAGGUGUCAUUCAAGAAGACUACUUGAGAGAAUUGUUGACAACAAUGGGAGACAGGUUUACAGAUGAAGAAGUUGAUGAGCUGUUUAGAGAGGCACCAAUUGAUAAAAAGGGCAAUUUCAAUUACAUUGAGUUCACACGCAUCCUGAAACAUGGAGCAAAAGACAAAGAUGACUAAAACAGAACUCUUGCUUCUGCAUUGCUCUUUAGAUCUCAUGGUUAUCUUCAAGGGGGAUUUUUCCUGGUAGAACCUGUUGCAUGCAGCUAGCUUUACAGCUUUUACCUUUCUCGAUGUAUUUAUCUAUACAAGGCCAUUCUGGCACAUCUUGCACCAGUUUAAUAAGGCCAGCAAUGGAAAUUGUAAUUUUGGUGAAUUUGGAGGAUGAGACCAAUGAGUUUGAAGGCCCAGGAAAAAUAUGUGUUUUUCUGGUUUAGCUGGAUUUUUACAUUUUGUAAUAAUGCCAUUUUGAAAUAAGAUUGCUAUAUCAAUAAAAUACCUCAAAUGCUA